ACUAUCAUAAGUCGCUCACUUGUAUCUCAGACACUUCAACUAGACAGUCAGACGGACAGUCAGAUUUACUCUUGAGGUCCAGACAGACACAAUGGGAGUUGAGAAAAUGGAGCUGGAUGAGGGACACUCGACUCUGAUGAGUGGCACCAAGAAGCCUCCCCCGGUUCGGCCUCCCAACACGUUUGAGCGCAUCAUCCAACCCUGCCUGGCAGAGGUGGUGGGAACCAUGUUCUUUGUCUUCAUCGGGUGUGUGUCGGUCAUUGAGAACGUUGAGUCAGCAGGCAGGGUACAGCCGGCGCUGGUCCAUGGCCUGGCUGUGGCUGUCAUGGUGGCAUGCAUGGAUCAGAUCAGUGGAUCCCAUUUCAACCCUCCCUUCACCAUUGCCAUCUACCUGUGUGGAGGCAUGAAACUGUUCAUGGUUGUCCCAUACCUUAUCAGCCAGUUAUUAGGAGGGGUGCUGGGAGCUGCCAUGUCAAAGAUGAUGACAUCAAAGGAGAACUAUGCCAACGCCACCGGAGCGGCGUUUACUAUCCUCCAAUCAGAGGACCAGCUGGCGGGAGCCAUAUUUGGAGAGAUCGCCAUGACGUGCCUGGUUACCAUGGUAGUAUUGCUAGGGGCGGUCAAUGCAAAGAGCAAAAGCCCAAUGGUGCCUUUCCUGGUAGGCUGUACUGUCAUCAUCAACAUUCUGGCAGGGGGGGAUGUGUCUGGAACCUGUCUGAACCCAGCCAGGGCUCUGGGGCCAGCGGUAAUGGCCAACUACUGGACCUACCAUUGGGUUUACUGGGCUGGUCCUAUCGCAGGAGGUCUACUGGCAGCAGGACUAGUGAGACUUGUGCUUGGAGAUGAGAAGACACGAGUCAUCAUGAAGUGACAUCCUACUCUACAUGUCCUAUGCAAGUCACUUACUUCCUACUUUUGUCAUAUUAUAAAGCUUUUUUUUCUAAGAAACGUAAAUUUAGACUGGAAUUUCUGUUUAAUUUGAAAGACUAUGAAUCUGGUUUGUAAACGUCAGCAGAUAGGAGAUGUCAUAUUGUACUAAUAUAACUCUUAUUGUACUCUCUGAUUCCAGUUUGCUUUCGUGCUUUUCCUUUAAAUUAAACAAUAAAGAUGUGGAUGCCCCCCCCGUUGGGCAGGAUCCAACUGGUC